ACGUUUUGACACAGCUGUCAACUUUUCAGUCAUCUCGGAAGGCAAGCGACAAAAGUUAGAAGAAAAAUCCUCCAGAAUUCGCACAGAAAAUGGCUGCAUCGGGAAAACUUUCGGUUCUGGCUCGUCAACUGAGCACCAGCUCGGUUUCCGCUCAGCUCGUUAAGCCUCCGGUACAGAUCUUCGGACUGGAGGGUCGCUAUGCUUGUGCCCUGUACUCGGCUGCCUCCAAGACCAAGGCGCUGGAAGCCGUCGAAAAGGACCUGAAGGGUCUGCAGCGUCAGAUGCGUGCCGAUCCGAACUUGCGCGAUCUGCUGAUCAACCCAACGAUCAAGCGUAGUCUCAAGGCCUCUGCCUUGAAGGAUGUUUCCUCCCGCGUCAAGUACAAUGCUGCCACCGGAAAUCUGCUGACGAUUUUGGCAGAGAAUGGCCGCCUCGGACGGUUGGAUGGCAUCAUCAAUGCCUAUACGCUGAUCAUGGCCGCCGAGCGGGGUGAAGUUGUAUGUGAGGUCACAACUGCCAAGGCGUUGGAUGACUCGCAGCGCAAGCAGUUGGAGGGUGCCCUGAAGUCGUUGCUGAAGCCAAACCAGAGCAUUCAGCUAACUGCCAAGGUCGACCCAGCGUUGAUUGGCGGUAUGAUUGUUUCGAUUGGUGACAAAUACGUUGACAUGAGCGUUGCCAGCAAGAUCAAGAAGUACACCGAUAUCAUUUCCGCUCCAGUCUAAGCUCCAGCGCGGUAGGCGGUCUCGGAGAAGGUUGAAGGGCGACAGGUGGAAUGUGUCGAAAUUGGUCAUUUGUAUGUGAACAUCCUGUACAGAACACGGUGACGACACUUCCAGUGAUUGUUUUUUCGAAGCAAGGGAGUCCUUGUAGUAUGAUGCAGUACAUGUGUAAUAACGAAAGCGAAUAAAAAUGGUAAAUAUGAUGUUC